GCCUACAUAAGGAAAAGGCAGUUCUUGAUCCAGCAUAACAGCCUUACUGUUCACCUCAGACCGGAUCUUCUAAAACCAUGCUCCGCUUCAGACUCAGCACCACACUGUUGCUGGCAGCAACAUGUUCGCUCAUGAAAGCAGUUGUCUCCACAGAGAAAGCUACCACCUGUGGCAGCAACUGGAAUGUCCAGCACCUGAGCUGCGAUGAUGGAGUGAUCAGUGUGCAGACAGCACUGUAUGGACGUGCAGACAACGUGACCUGCAGUGAGGGAAGACCUCCGGCACAGCUCGCUAAUACAAACUGCUCUCAAGCGGGCACAGUGGACGUCCUCAAGAAAAGGUGUGAUGGCAAGAGGGAGUGUGAACUAAACAUCCACGUAUUUUGUACCUCUGAUCCCUGCAAGCGCACCUACAAAUACCUGGAAACCACCUACACCUGCCUCCCAGCAAUUCACCUUGAUGCCUGUGAGGGCUCUUUGGCGCAACUCCAGUGUGAUCAAGGACAGGUUAUAUUUGUGUAUGGUGCUGACUAUGGACGUCGUGACCAGACCACCUGCAUUUACCAACGGCCUCCCAAAGCAAUUCAAAAUAUCUACUGCUCAAGGCCCACAGGCAAAGUUGCUGACAGCUGUAAUGGAAAAAACAGCUGUACCAUCGCAGCGAGCAACUCUGUGUUUGGAGACCCCUGCGUCGGCACCUACAAGUAUCUGGAGGUGGCUUACACAUGUGAUUAUCCUGGGACCUCUCUGCUUCCAUAGAGUUUACCUAUGUAAGCAUGCUGAAGUUUCAGUCAUAUCACAAUAAACAUGCAUUCAAUUAAA